AUGCCGACUGCUAUCGUGCUGAAGAAGCCGAUCAGCAGCACUAAUACUGCAUCAACCUCAGUAUACUAUCAACUCGAAGCCGUGACCAUUCCCUCAAAGCCCCUCGAGGACAACGAAGUCGCCGUCAAGAUCCUAGCCGCAGGUCUGAAUCAUCGGGAUCUUUUCAUUCGCCAGAAUCUAUACCCUGGAAUCGCCUUCGGCACCUCUUUGCUAUCCGACGGCUGCGGGAUUGUCACGAAAGCUGGCUCGUCCUCUGAGGCUCAACGAUGGAUUGGCAAGAUAGUCCUCGUCAAUCCUGCGUCAGGUUGGUCGAGUGAUCCACAGGCACCAGAAAGUCCAAGUGGACUGGCAUACCUUGGGGCCAAUAAGCUCAACACGAAAGGUACUUUGACGGACGAGCUGAUAAUCUCUUCAGAUCAGUUAGAGGAAGCUCCUGCACAUCUGACAGCAGUUCAAGCCGCUUCUCUCCCUCUCGCUGGAUUGACAGUCUGGCGUGCUGUCGUGACAAAGUCAAAAGCUGCGACCAUAGGCAAUCAUAUCCUCAUCACUGGCGUUGGAGGUGGUGUGGCUCAGCUUGCUCUUUUCUUUGCUCUCAGCAGGGGAGCCAAGGUCUAUGUUACCAGUGGCGAUCAGGCCAAGUUGCGAGCUGCUAUGGAUUUGGGCGCCGCCGAUGGAGUGUCUUAUCGCGAGAAAGACUGGGAUAAGGAGCUUCUACGAAAGUUGCCUCGAGACAGACCGCACUUCGAUACCAUCAUCGAUGGGGCUGCUGAUCGCCUGCUGGCUAUUCAGCCUGGAGGCAUCAUUGUCGUAUACGGCAUGACGCAAGAGCCAACGAUGCCGUUCCCAAUGAGCGCCGUGCUCCGUCAUUUGGAGAUCCAAAGCGUAACGGGAGGCUCGAGACAGGAGUUCCACGACAUGGUCGAGCAUGUUGCUAAGCAUCGCAUCACGCCAGUCAUCUCUCGAGUUGCCACGAACUGGACGGAUUUGAGGGAGAUCGAGUCGCUGUUCGAGGAUAUAGCGAAGGGCAAGAAGUUUGGAAAGCUUGUUGUCGAGAUAGCCAAGGAGGAGGGUCUUGUGAGUAAGAUAUAG